AUGGAUGAAGGCGUCUAUGCCGGUGCUUGGUCGAAAGGUAUGCGCCAGGGUCUUGGCGUACGACGUUCCGCUCCAUAUGCUUUGGCAUCAGAAUUCAACCGGGCCGUGCGUGCAGCACAAUCCCAGAACAGCAUUCCAUCGGGCACCGAUUCCGAACGCGGAUGGCGUGGUACGGGCAGUGUGGGUGGUGGCAGCACAACCGGUGUUGCUGGCACAGCCGGUGGAACUGGCACGGAUUUUCGCUCGACCGGUGAACGAGGAGGACGAGCAGAUGAACGGCGCAGCGGAUUCGUGUUACGCUCGACCUCCUGUCCAUCACCGGCUUCUCAGGCCAAUGUUUCUCGGAGUAGCUCAUCCGGAUAUCGGAGCGCAACUCCAAGUGGGGAGAAAAAGUCACUUUUCAAACGGGGCCUUUUUCGUAAGUUGAGGAAGCAGAAAUCGACAGGAGAUCUGUCAAUGCUAGGUGGGCACACCAUGGGUGGCUUUUCUUCGUCUUCCGGAUGUGGUGGAGGUACUCUAUUUCAGAGUCGAGGUCGUCGAGCUGGAGGCUCACUGAGAUCCACAUUGAGCGGUUCCAGUCAGCUCACGACAAACUCCUUCGGACGGGGAGAUCUGAAAGGAUUGGGUAAUGGUGGUCAAGGUUUACACGAGACCAUGGAAGAACCAUUAGGACCAAAUGUCACGGAAACCUACAGUGGACAGUGGAAUGAGGAUAAACGUUCCGGUUACGGUGUGGCAGAACGGUCAGACGGCUUGUGCUAUGCUGGUGAAUGGUUCAACAACAAGAAAGAUGGUUACGGAGUGACCUACUUUAUGGACGGAACCAAAGAGGAGGGCCGCUAUAAAGAAAACGUGCUUGUUCAAGUAUUGAAUCGCAAAAGCAAACUAUUUUUACUUCGGCAUACCAAACUGCGUGAUGCAAUUGAAGAAGCCGUGAAAAAUGCACAAGAUGCGGCCAAAAGUGCAAAGGAAACCUCAUCAGAGAAUGCAUAUCAAAGAGCUCAAACGGCGAGAACAGUUGCUAAUACGGCCGACGAACGUGCGCGAAUGGCUAGAAAGCUAUCCGAUGAGGCCAGAGCAGUGGCCAGAGAGUUCUCACCGGAAUUUGUGCAACUCGGUCUUCAAUGGGAAAGGCAGAAUCCUUUGCUAAAGAAAGAACUGUUCGGUCUGAGUAGCUCAAAAGAGAACAACGAACCGUCCAGUCCGACUCGACAACUUGGACCACAAACCGUGCUGCAGAGCACCAUGAGCAACGAGAUGCAAGGUCGAAGCCUGGAAGUGAGUGGUGGAAGUCGCCAAGGCAGUUUUCGAUCCAGUUUCCGUAGACACGGCCCCAGAGAACGAUUACAAACUGGUCACGAUCAGUUUGAUGGUGAGGUUUCGGGGCAAGAUGAGCGACACCGUCCAAUGAUCGGAAGAAGUGUGGACGAUAGCGCAUAUGCGCAGAGCACACUUCCACUCGGCAAUGAUCCUUUCGGUCAUCCACAACGUAGUCCGGCUGGAAGACCUAUAGCUCGAGCUGCCACGACCGGAGUGACCGGAAUUGAUUACGCUCACGCAGACCAGCGUCAGAUGGCUCAGCACAUGGCUCAACAUCCCCACUCCCCCUAUUUGAUGUCCUCAACAAGGCAACGUGGUCCUGCUAUGGGUCUGCAACAAGCCGAACUACAUGGGGGCCGGGUUACCAUGGCCAGUGCUCAAUUAUCUAUGGGAACAAGGGAGCAUCAUGCUGCCGAGAUCCGCUUGGCUCACGCCGAAAUUGUUCAACCAAGUCAAACACAUCAGGCCGCUGUCGGCUUAGUCGAAAUCCGUGAAUCUACAUACGGUAAUACUGCCUCAAGAGCACAAAGUCCAACGAGCAUGUUAGCAGAUGAAACAUACCGUCCGGAAAUCCAUACACCUGUUGAGCCAGUCGAGCCGCCGAUUGAACUGCCCCCAGAUACCGGCAUCAGUCAUGCUAGACGUCGUACAUUGCCAUCCAUUAUGACCGAACCGCCAAUGCGUCAACUUGGAGCUAGCCGAUCCAAAUGGCAGAAAAAACAGUCCCCACCGACCAGAAGAACUGCGGCUGAUCGAUUAAGAACAGGACCAUCGGGUGUUGCCAGUCGAAUAGACGAGGACGCCGUACACAGUGCUGAUAACUUGCCGGCCGAUGCUGCUGCCACAUAUAUAAUCGAAAAUGGUAUACGCAAACGGGUGCAGGCGGUCAAUCAACAACAACAGCAGCAACAAAAGCUAUUGCGUAACCCUCAUUCUGGGCAAGAGCGAACCGAUGAAAGAAGAAGACGUCCAGAAUGGACCACCGCUUACGAUCCCUAUCGACCGGCUAUGGACAGCACAAUGGUGGUGACUGCUGCAGAAACAAUCGGAAUGGAACCCGCAUCAGAACAAGCCGAACUACAACCCCUACCUAGGGCCUAUCGAAUCGAUUCCGAAAUCAGUUUACUGGGUGCGGUCAAGGAGUCCAGCAUGCCCGACUUGCCGUCCGCUUGCAAUCACGAGUCCGCGCGCAAUCGAGCCGGUCACGGAAGACAUAUAGGUCUUACUCGAGCGGAGAUUGAUCGACUCACUCAGGUACGCAGGCGUGAGCUGACCGAGGAAAUGGAACGACGAAGGCGCGGAGAAAUUGUGAUCCGAUUAGCUGAUAUCAAAGAUUGGAUUCGCAGCAACUUUGUUCUCGUAUUUGUUCUGCUCAUCAACGCCAGUUUGGCUUUCUUUUUCUUCAAUUUGCUGACUGGGGUGAGCGAUCAACCAGGACAUGGUGGAUCGACAGGCAGUCAUCUCCGUGCCCGAUCGGCACCGCCAGCGUCAUCUGCCGCAGCUGGUACAGUUCAAAUGGCCAAAAAGGUACUGGGUGAUGCACUGAAAAAGACUCCUGGCGGUACUUCCGGAAUGCCGGGCAAGCGCGGACACUGA